AUGACUACGCUUUGCAGCCCUUGGAACCAAGGUCAGCGGGACGAGUAUCCUUCGAAGGCGUUGGCGAACUUUCUGUACACGUCGAACUUUAGCACCAAAGAGAUGGAUGAUAUACUGGUAGAGGAAUGCAAUAAUAGGAACACCGUCUAUGUGCUGAAUUCCAGCUACCGAUACGGGAACAUGGACAUGAUAGAGCUGUUCGGUACACCGGCUGGCCGUGCGCUGACGGUGAAUAAUAAAACUGCAGCCGAAUUGCACCAGAACCGUCGGACCGUGGCGGGCGGAAGUAGCGGCAGCAGCAGUACGACCGAUCCCCAUCUGUGCCCGAGCACGAUCGGGGGUCUGCUGACGGGUAGCCUACAUUCGACCAACAUCAGCAGCAUCAAAAUCAGCGGGCCCGAUAACAUCAGCACUGCCGGUCAGCACCACUUCAUCGAAUCGAGCGAAUUCAUUAGAUUUGCAUCGUCCAGCAAGGCCACACCGUCUGUCACCUCCAUCGCCUUUCGCAACAAAUGUAGCAGUAAAAGCGCCGACAUUAGCAGCAGUAAAACUGGGCCGGCCCAUCUCGACCAACCGGCGAACAGGCGGAACAAUUUGAAAAUGGCCAAAUUUUGGAAGCUCUUCGACGAGGACCGGUUACGGAAGGCUAACAGCACGGAACGAAUGGGCGAUAAGCUGCGGCAAAGGUGGAUUGCCACACCACCGCUCGAGCGGGCGGAAACGGUUGACAAAUCUGCAAAUGAUUUGUACAGCGAGGCGGCCCAGCUGCUAGGUAUCAAGUGUUCCCUGACCGACAGCUGCCGGUGCAUAGAUUGCCAGAGUCAGUACUUUGAUUGUGACGAUGACGCGGACGCAUAUUCGGAAUAUUCCGAUAAAUCGUACGACAUGGAGGACAAUUUGUUCACGAAUCGAUCAUAUUAUAAUGAUCUCUCGACGGUGCCGGGUGUGCCAGAUGCAGAUACCUUCGGUACCACCACUAUCAGUGACCGUUUGAAUCGGAACCAAGCCUCACACAAUGGCACCGGCUGGGACACAGAGGGCAACGGGGUGCCGGAUGAUGUCAAUGGUAAUGAAUGCGAGCAUUAUUUGCAUAGCACCCACAAUUCGUCUUCAUUGAAUUUAGCAUUGGAUGAGGGACAGCUACCGGCAAACGACCGAUCUCAAUUGCCAAUUGAUACGUCCGAAACCGAACGCCCCAACGGUAGCCACCAGCCGGUGCCGGCUGUGCCAUCCGAUGAGGAAUGUGCCGGCGGCAUAAAGGUUGCAUGA